AUGGCGCCCAAGCCAGUGCGCUCCAUUUUCAGCGUGUUCUUCGAGUAUGAUACACCGAGGAUCGUUCACAUCAAGAGUAAGAAAGUUGGUGUCAUCAACAGAUUAUUACAGCUGACGAUCAUUGGAUACGUCAUUGGAUUUGCAAUUGUUUACAAGAAGGGUUACCAAGAAUUUGACAAUGUGCAGAGCUCUGUGACUACAAAAGUGAAAGGUGUUGUGUUUACGAACUUGACAGAUGUACCAGGUAUUGGCGCCCGGAUAUGGGACGUGGCAGACUACGUUGUGCCUUCUCAAGAAAAUGCAGCUUUCUUUGUAACGACAAAUGCGAUCGUUACUCCAAACCAGACUCAGUCCCAUUGCGAUGAGGACCCCUCCAUGCCCGAUGUCAUAUGUCAGUCUGACUCUGAUUGCACUGCAGGAGAACCAGUUGUCACAGGAAAUGGUGUGAGGACAGGAUUGUGUGUCAACUCGACACAGAACACCACUCUGAAGGUGUGUGAAAUCUACGCCUGGUGCCCCGUGGAAAACCCCAAAGAUCCUAACCUACCUAAAGAACCAGUUUUAAAGGGCUCCAAAAACUUCACAGUCUUCAUUAAGAACAACAUUGAAUUUCCCAAGUUUUCAGUUAAAAGACGGAAUAUUAUAAAUGUCCUGACAAAUGACGAUUUGAAGACGUGUCGUUUUGAUCCAUAUCAUCCAGAGAACAAAUUCUGCCCGAUUUUUGUCCUGGGAGAAAUAGCUGAAUUCGCAGGGCAGGAUUUUGAUGAACUUACAGGAAGGGGUGGUGUGAUAGAGAUUAUCAUCCGAUGGGACUGUAACCUUGACUACAGCCUGGACAACUGUGUGCCCGAGUACGAGUUCCGCCGGCUAGACAGUAGCGAUUACACGAUCUCCAAGGGAUACAACUUCAGAUAUGCUAAUUACUACAUGGAAGACAGUGAAUCCAAGAGAACGCUGUAUAAAGCCUACGGGAUUCUGUUCAUCGUCAACGUGAUGGGUCGGGCUGGGAAGUUUAAUGUGGUCCCUCUUCUGAUGAAUGUGGGCAGUGGAUUGGCUUUACUCUCUGUGGCCACCAUCAUCUGCGAUAUAGUCGUGUUAUACGUUCUCAAAGCCAGGACACUCUACAAAGAGAAGAAAUACCUGACGGUGAAAGGGGAUGAUGCGUAUGAGGUUGAAAGAAACAGCGUUGCCAAUCGAAAGGUCGUUAGUUAUCAGUCAUUUCCUCGUUAGGCACAGAUAAUGGAAGAGGAAACAAAUGAGAGUGCUGCUAAAGUAGAAAACGGAACACCUCGUAAGAGAACAACUGUGCAAGAUGGCUCAUUGGCAGCAGAAGAUUGACAGCUACAGGAGGUCACAUGACCAGGACCACGAGCCGCCUGCUAACCUUUCAGUAUCAUUCCAAAGUUGGUCAAAUAAUGAAACAUGAAAUGUCUUGGGUUUCAUUAAGACUUUUAUUUUUAUAGUGCUAAGGCAGAGGUCUGCUAGAGUUGUUAAUCCGUAAACACGAAAUUGGAAUCGACGUUGUUGUUUUUUUUUCAUGACAGUCAUUGUUUAAGCUUGCGUACGUAUCUACCUUUAUGAAGUGUCAUUUUUGCGGGUUAUAUUAUUAUUACAGAUUAUUUCAGCCAUGAUUAAUUAUUUCUAAAGGAAAUUGAUUAUUUCUGUGGCUAUGAUGUACACAUGGUACAUGUACUUAUUAGGAAGUUUGAAAAUCUUUCCUGAAAACUUUUUCUGUCUUGACUAUAUAUGUAAUUAUUAAGAAGUGUGUUUCAGAACCUAUCUGGAGUGUGGGAAGUAGUAUAAGGAAAGGUAGGCAGGAUUGGGGUGUGAGGGUAUG